AUGGUUGAGGUCCAUCGUGUGCAAGAACAGAGGGAGCUCCCUCUUGCAUGUUUUGAAGUUCACUCAUGGGGGGAACUUGGGUACAUUGGGGAAGAGUAUUGCUAUCUCCUCCUCCUUAUGGCGACCUCUCUCGCCCUCCCCUCCCUCCCUCUGCUGGUCCUACAGCUUGCGCCUGAUGGCAGCGCAGUCAACUUCCCCAGUUGGCUGAACUGUCUAGAGCGCACGUUGUCUGGCACCCUCGUGAGUGGCUUUAACCUCUGGUUUGUCACUCAGCAGAGUGGUUCUGGCGCCAUUCCUAAACCUGCCUCUGCACCUACCUCUACCUCCUCUGACCCCUAUGCUGAUGGCCUUCGUGCUGCUAUCGCUGAAACUGAGCGGAUUGCGGCCACGGCCCAAGCCACUGCUACGGCUGCUCCUAACAAUGCUGCAGCCCGUGACCUCGCUCGUGUUCUUGCUGAGCCCCUCAAGAGCACCCGCAAGCGCCUCACUGAGCACCUCGCUGCCCCCUCUCCUCGCUCUGCCUCUACUCCCUCUGCUUUUGCCCCAUCUCACUCUGACCUUCUUGCUGACUGGCAUAUUGCCAACGCACGUGCAUGCCAGGUCAUCCUUGCCUACCUACCUCCAACCCUUCUCCCUCAGUGCUCGCACAUCCGCUAUGCCAAGGACCUUUCCGGCUAUCUUAUCGAGCGCUUCUAG